AUAAUUUUAAUCUCCAAAUGAACUGAGUGUUCUAUAAGAUCUGCAUCAUUUCAAUUCCAAUUCCAAUUCAACAUUUUGGAUAUUCCUUUCAUUCCAAUUUCAAUUCAAUAUUUUGGGGGUAUUUUUUCAUUCCAAUUCCAAAUCAAUAUUUUGGGCGUAUUUUUUUAUUCCAAUUUCAAUUUCAACACAACACACAGUUUGUUCAGUUUGCCGACAAGACAACAAUGUCGCUUUUAAGGUACGCUGCUUCUUUCUCCAUUCCCAAUUCUAGAUCAUACUCUCACUAUCUGCAACAUUUUCAUGAUGAUGUUGAUGCCGUUUCCUUGUUCAAUCGAAUGCUCCAUAAGAAUCCCACUCCACCCGCCAUUGAAUUUGGCAAGAUUUUAGAUUCUCUUGUCAAAGCCAAACAUUAUUCCACUGUUGUUUCCCUUACUCACCAAAUGGAAUUGAGUAGAGUUACUCCUAAUUUUGUAAUUCUCAAUAUCCUCAUCAAUUCUCUUUCUCAAUUGGGUCAUAUUUCUUUUGCCUUUUCUGUAUUCACAAAGAUUCUCAAGAAAGGUUAUCGCCCAGAUUGCAUAACUUUUACUACACUCAUCAAGGCUCUCUGUCUCAAAGGUCACCUCCAUCAAGCAUUGCAACUUCAUGACAACGUGGUAGCACAGGGAUAUGAGUUGAACCAAGUUACUUAUGGAACCUUGAUCAAUGGUUUAUGCAAGGCAGGACAAACAAUAGCUGCUCUUCAGUUGCUCAGACGGGUGGAUGGGAAAUUGGUACACCCUGAUGUGGUAAUGUACACUACCAUUAUUGACACCAUGUGCAAAGAUAAACUUAUUAAUGAUGCAUGUGAUUUAUAUUCUGAAAUGCUUGCUAAGAGGAUUUCUCCUAAUGUUUUCACUUACUCUGCUUUAAUUAAUGGCUUUUGCAUUGUUGGUAAAUUAAAAGAAGCAAUUGAUUUGUUUAACAAAAUGGCAUUGGAAAACAUCAACCCGGAUGUGUAUACUUUUAAUAUACUGGUUGAUGCUUUUUGUAAGGAAGGAAAGGUGAAAGAAGUGCAAAAUGUGUUAGCUGCGAUGAUUAAAGAAGGCAUUAAACCCGACGUUGUUACCUAUAAUUCUUUAAUGGAUGGAUAUUGUCUUGUAAAUGAAGUGAACAAGGCAAAGGGUAUAUUCAAGACUAUGGUUCAAAGGGGAGUAACUCUUGAUGUUCGGAGCUACAAUAUCAUGAUUAAUGGAUUCUGUAAGAUUAGAAUGGUAGACGAAGCUAUAAGUCUAUUUAAAGAAAUGCAUUGUAGAAAAAUCAUUCCUAAUACAAUAACUUAUAGUUCCCUUAUUGAUGGCUUGUGCAAAUUGGGAAGAAUCUCAUAUGCUUUGGAGCUUGUCGAUGAAAUGCGUGAUAGAGGUCAACUACCUGAUAUAAUUACAUAUAGUUCUAUAUUGGAUGCUUUAUGCAAUCACCAUCAAGUUGAUAAGGCAAUUGCAUUGUUAACAAAGUUUAAAGGCGAGGGUAUUCAACCAAAUAUCUAUACAUACACUAUUCUUAUCAAGGGAUUGUGCCAAAGUGGAAGACUAGUGGAUGCCCAAAACGUUUUUGAAGAUCUUUCGCUCAAAGGCUAUAACAUAAAUGUCUAUACAUAUACUGUUAUGAUCCAAGGGUUUUGCAACAAGGGCUUGUUUGAUGAAGCGAUGGCCUUGCUAGUAAAAAUGAAAGAUAAUGGUUGCCUUCCAGAUGCUAUAACUUAUGAAAUAGUUAUUUCUUCUCUAUUUGAAAAUAAUGAAAAUGAUAAGGCAAAGAAGCUUCUCUGUGAAAUGAUUGCGAGAGGUCUAGUGUACGACCGAAAAUAGGCAAAGCAAUCCAUAGAUUGGGAGCAUACAUGUCCGAAGCAUUUGUUGCAAGAAUUGUUUCUUCAGGAAUUGCAAUAUAGAAAUCCUUGAAAUGUAAAGAACCUAUAACUGCUAUUGGUAAAGAACUCCUUUCAACAUGCAUGUACAUAUUUGGAAGACAUGGAAUUGAAUUUAUGUAUAAACAUUAUUGCAUCGUUUAAUUUAUGGAUGUUAAUAUAUGCGUUUCUAUCUAUAUGACCCCAAAGGUCAAGGUUUCAAUCAUUGCCUCUCUCUCUCUUGUGUGUAUAAACCAUGUCUUUUCAAGGACCUCAAGGUAAAAUUUGACCUUAUGUUACAUUUUAUGCAAAACUUAAAGUAGCAUGUUACCUAAGGCUUAUAAGGUAAAUAUGAGUUUUAGUAACAUAACCCUCUAGAAUUGAAGUUGAAUAUUUAACAUCUAAAGGCUCUUGAAAAGUGGGGCCUAAAAGCUUAAAGGCUCAAAUGGAGAGAAAAAUGAAGCCUAAAGGCUCCCGAGCAUGUGAUUGGAUUGGUGACUUCUGCCAAGCUCGGCCUCGCCUCGUUUCAAACCUUCAAAUGCUUGGUUGAUAGGAGUUAGUUGUUGGUUCGGUAGACCAUAUUUCUAUGUGUUUCAGUGUCAAAUGCUUGAGUUGAGUGACUUAUUUUGUUGUGUUGUCUUUAACCGUGAUGAACAACCUAUAUUGAGUAAACGAAGCCAAAAUUUAAGUAAAACCACAAUUUUAAGCAACUAGCAUAAGUUGAAAAUUCUGGAUCCUUGGAUGGACCAUAGUAUUGCUAGUAAUGAUUGUGAUUCUGCCCCACAUUAUAGUAUUGUUUUGAUGCACCUGAUGCUUAUAUUUCAUCACCAUUGAAUUAUUCGUAGAACACACUUCUAGUUAUUUGAUAUGUUUCUAGUGGCUUUUAAUUUUUGAGUUGAUAACUAGUAAAGGACCCGUGCGCCUGCACGGGUCACGUAAAGUCGGUAUAAAUAUUAAAUAAAUAUAAUAUGGAUAUGGUUAAAGAAUUAGAUUAAAAUAUAUAUUAAUUAAGAGAAAUAAUUUCUUCAAUGAUGAUUAUCAUAUCAAUAUUAAUUUAAUUUAUCAAUUUGUAGUUGUUUUCAAUGAUGAUAUUUAUGUUGGAUAAAAAUUAAAAUAAUAUUAGAGAUAAUUAAUUAUUAUUGUUGAUUACAAUUUUAACUCUGAAAAAAUAUAGUUCUUGAUAAAAAGUAAAAAAAUAAAUAAAAAUUGAGAUAAUGUAGUUAUUAUGUACUAUCAUUAUCAACAAUUUUUAUGGGCUCCCACCCCUAGUAUGUCUACCCGCCUUUUUUUCCGCAGACGCACAUUAUCAACAAUUUUUAUGGGCUCCCACCCCUAGUAUGUCUACCCGCCUUUUUAUGAG